AUGGUUGACAUUGCUCGUGUUUUUUCUCCCGUAGUCGUCUUAGACAGUGGUGAAGCCCGACCGAAAUCAUCCGAUCGAAUUCGUAGUGCUUCCGUUAAACGCAUAUCAAGUGCUGGAACACGGCGAACACCACCUCGCGUCUCUUCUGCUGUCUCAACUGUUGAAAUCAACAAUCAAGUAGUGAGCAGAUAUGCGACCAAUGUAGUUACCAGUGAAAAGGAUUUUGAAAAUGAGCUUAAAAAAGAAUUAACCACUCCGUUGACUGGGAUUAAUCUACGUGGGUUAAUUAAUGAGAAGAUUUCGAAACUCGAUCGAGCGCUGCGAGAAGUCGGUGCGUCGUAUGAUGUUAAUCAAAAGAAACAAUCAUUGAUUUCACAAAAACUUCGAGAAAAUGCGAUACAAAAUGGACAAUCCAGACAACAGAUGCAAGAAUUCGUUGGUCUCUUGGCCGCGAAAGCCGCUUCGGAAAAUCCUGUUAAUGCCACUGCCCACUUAGAUGAGGACGAAGACGAUGAAUUCGAACAAGAUAGAUCCACUUUACUAGAGAUCUUCAAAUAUCCGGGCUUUCACGAAGAUCAUGUCACUCCAUUGCCAUUUCACGUGGUUCUCGAAACAGAAGUGAUGAGACACAUACUCUCGAAACAAUACACAUUAGGAAAACAAGCACCUUACAUCAAACCAUUGAUUCAACUCUAUCAUUCUCCUCAAACAAAAGCACUAAUUCUAGACAUCUUUUGGUGGAUAUUUCUGGAUAGUUAUCACAAGCAACCUGAAAUUCAAAAGAAACUACUCGCUCGAGCAUCGAAUAAUUACAUAUCUCUUCUCAUGAUAAAUAUCGAUCUACGUUAUCGUGACAAAUGCUUUCAAGUUUAUCCCUCACUUUUAGCGGAAACCGUUUUCGCGUGUUUCAAAGUUUGCUUCCCCACGUCGAUCAAACGACUGCCUGCUGAUGCGGACGCUGCGAACAAAGCCAAGAAAGAAAGUGAAAAUCGUGUAUCGGAUCUUCCCAAUUCACCCGAUACGUCUGGCCAAUCAACGAAAGAAUUAGUCAACUUAGAUCAAUUCAAGAACUCCAUUGCAAAUAUUUGUCAACUGUGGUUAGGCGGAAUUCCAGCACCGCCUCGCCGCUAUGAACAAUGGCGAUCGAAACUCGUUCAACAGGAGAAAAUCUCGUUUGUCGAACCGACACCCGUAGCAAAUUCAACGAUCAAUUAUCACAAUUUGCAUGACAACACGGAAAAUAUGCCUCAAAUCUCCUCCGAACGAAGCAAAGGCAAAGAACCUCACGAACGUCUGAGAGAACUUUAUAGAACCACCAAAGAUCCAUUACCUGAUCGACGCGUACUCUUUGAAGAUUACCGAUUUAACAUGAAUGGAAAUUCUCCCUUGACGGAGAAGUAUCUACGCUCGAGACAUAUGCUCAGAAAAGCUGGUACACAAUUUUUCAUUUCACAUCCGCAGAUAAGUCAAGUACCAACGGUAGAAGCAGAAACUUAUGAGAAAGAAAUCAAACGCACAGCACAAUUCUGUCGCAUCGUUCGAGCACAAAAGCAUAAGAAACGUGAUGAAGACGAUCAUCAGCGAAAGCUAAUCAGAGAACAUGUAGUAAAACUGAGAGCACAGGACGAGUGGAAGAAGCAAGAAAAACAAGUAUCUCUUUGUCGACGGAAAUUGAUGAAUCAGCUCAACGAUGACUUAGAGAUCAGAUCUCAAAGUUCUGUCAAAUCCUACGAAUAA